CAACCGUCUCUUGUUCGCAGGUAUAUCCUGGUCAGUCCGUCUGAAUUUGGAGUUGGAGUCACGUCGCUGUGGAUAAUCUCAUCGAGCUGUUCUGAAUACAUCGAUAUGAAGGCGCUAAUAGGGCUGCUGCUGUUGGUCUUUGGUCACGGUGUGUCCUCAGUGCUUCACUCUCUGCAGUAUUUCUACACGGCGUCGUCUGGACUCCCAACCUUCCCAGAGUUUGUUGUUGUUGGGAUGGUGGAUGGAGUUCAGAUGGUUUACGAUGACAACAACACCCAGAGAGUAGUCCUCAAACAGGCCUGGAUGGAGCAGGUCAUCAGAGAUGACCCCUCCUACCUGGAGAGGAGCAAUGGACUCUCUCUGGGUUCCCAGCAGGCCUUCAAAGACAACAUUAGGACUCUGAAGAAGCGCUUUAACCAGAAAGGAGGUGCCCACGUAUAUCAGGAGAUGUAUGGUUGUGAGUGGGAUGAUGAGGAUGGUUCUACUGAUGGUUAUGACCAUUUUGGUUAUGAUGGAGAGGACUUCAUAGAGUUGGACCUGAAGUACAUGACCUGGGUCGCUCCAGUACAAGAGGCUGUCACCACCAAACGGAAAUGGGAUCAGAAUAGAGGUUAUAAUGAACAGCAGAAGCACUACUACACCAAGCAGUGUGUUGAUUGGCUGAAGAAGUACCUGUCCUAUGGGAAGAGCACUCUGCAGAGAACAGAGCGUCCGCGGGUGUCUCUGCUCCAGAGGAGCCCCUCCUCCCCAGUGGUGUGCCAUGCUACAGGCUUCUACCCUGACAGGGUGGUGGUGUUCUGGAGGAGAGACGGCCAGGAGCUCCAUGAGCAGGUGGACCCCGGGGAGGUCCUCCCCAACCACGACGGGACCUUCCAGGUCAGCGUGGACCUUAACCUCACGGCCGUCCCACAGGAGGACUGGGGGAGGUACGAGUGUGUGGUCCAGCUGAAAGGCAUCGAGGACAUCUCCACCCCCCUGGACCCCGCCCUCAUCAGGACCAACUGGGGGAAGACUGGUGUUGGAGGGGAUGGAGCUGCCCCACCCAGAAGCAGCACAGUGGACGUGGUCUGCCUUCAGCGUCAGCUUUUGGAGGAAGUUAAAAUGCUGAGGCGUACUCAGGAGCAACUCCUGCAGGUGGAGAGGGAAAAGCUGCUCGUCGAGAGGGAGAAGCUUCGCCUUGCCCAAGCCAAGUUUGAUUAAAAAAAAAAAAAGAAUGUUGAACCUAGAAUAAAACAGCAAUCACUCAGAGGUU